AUGAAUAAUUUGGAUAAGAGCCUUUUUCAGUUAAAAUUAACUGCGAAGCAAUUAUCCCGUCAAGCAAAAAAGGCUGGUAAGGAUGAAAGUUCCGAGAAGUCAAAACUGAAAAAGGCGAUCCAACAAGGAAACAUGGAAGGUGCGCGUAUAUAUGCCGCAAACGCAAUUCGCAAAAAAAAUGAAUCACUGAAUUUGUUGAGAUUAUCUUCAAGAAUUGACGCAGUAGCCAGUAGAGUUCAAACGGCUGUAACAAUGCAAAAGGUAACUGGAUCAAUGGCAAGUGUUGUAAAAGGUAUGGAUAAAGCCAUGGAGUCUAUGAAUUUAGAAAAAAUUUCAAUGGUCAUGGAUAAAUUUGAAGCACAGUUUGAGGAUAUCGACGUUCAAACUCAAUAUAUGGAAGGUGCGAUGGGGAACACGACAACGAUGACUACUCCACAAGAAGAAGUUGAUAUGUUGAUGCAACAAGUAGCUGAUGAGCAUGGUCUUGAGUUAAAUCAGCAACUUGGUGAGGCUACUCCCAGCUCAAUCAUUGCGGACAAAGAAAUCGAUGAAGAUGAUCAAUUAUCAGAGCGUCUACGCAUGUUAAGACAAUCUUAG